ACGAAAAGGCACCAGGUGUUAGCUUUUUACUUGACUUUGCUGCCACAUAUCACGUCUCAAUCCUUGGCGGAUGUAUUGUGAAGUUGCAGCUAGGUAGUCAGAACGGCUUAAAACAUAUAACAAAUUCGCAUCUUAUCUACUCCCAACCAGCUUACAACACCAAAGCGCGAUUCUAUGGUGGCAGUCAUAGGAAAUCAGCACCCAGGUUUGAGUGGAAGUCUUGUCACAUUUUGAGUGCCAUGGCCACUAAAUUUUUGUUUUCGCCCUACCUGCCACGAAGAGCAACUACAAAUUUUCAACGCUACAAUUAAGGGUUUUAAAGAACAUAAUCAUUCAAUAAAUUUGGAGUGAGAAUGUAUCAGCAUAUGAGGGCAUGGGUUCUUUCAUCCUUCUUAUGGAUUGCAAUAGUGCAUGGAAAAAUAGUCACUGAAACUUCUUUGGACCUGAGUACUGGAAAGCUGAAGUCUGCUGUCUUCAAGUCCCCAGCAUUUAUUUUGGGACCUGGGCAAGUCCAAAAUAAAUGGUUUUAUGGUAUUGAUUUUCCCAAAGGCCAUAUUGCACUCAAGAGUUUUAAUGCAGAGGUUGUAAAUGAAAACGGGAAGUCAGUUCCUUUAUCUGAGACCUAUCUGCAUCAUUGGCUAGUCGCGAGAUUUUACUAUAAAAAACCUAUAACAGAAGAACAGACCAAGCCAAAAACUAAUAGACUUAGCAGUUCAAACUAUAUCUUGGUGGGAAAUGAUGGUAUUUGCCAAGGUCAGACUCUUCCCCAAAACUUUGGAAUUGGAUCUGAAACACGUCAUACCAGGACAUUCAUUCCCAAUCCAUAUGGAAUUAUUGUUGGAGAUCCUAAUAAAUUACCUGAAGGAUAUGAAGAGUCAUGGUUGCUGAAUGUCCAUGCUAUUGAUACAAGGGGUGUUGUAAACACCCGUGGUUGCACAGAAUGCAAAUGUGAUCUCUACAAUGUUACAGAAGAUGCAAAUCAUCACCCACUUAGAAAAAAUUACAUAGGAGGCUUAGAUUGUUGCUAUGAUGGGACUCAAUGUCAACUGAAAGAAGGCGUUCAAGGAAAGAAAAGAAAACUUUACUUGAAAUACACUGUAUAUUGGAUGGAUUGGGAGAAAAGUAUUGUUCCUGUUAAAAUAUAUAUUCUUGAUGUUACAUAUAAUGGAGAGCAGUCUGGUUGCCAAGUUGAAUAUGAUGUUCCACAAUGUAGUGCUGCCAGUCAUUCCCCUGGUGAUUGUGUUGACAUUCGUGAAGCAAAUAUGGUCAUACCACAAGGUGGGGAUGUAAUUUAUGCUGUCGCACACCAACAUAUUGGAGGGGUCGGUUCAGCACUUUAUGGCCAAGAUGGUCGGGAGAUUUGCACAUCAUUACCACUGUAUGGUGAAGGAAGAGAGCCUGGUAACGAAACUGGUUAUGUUGUUGGAAUGAGCACGUGUUACCCAGUGCCUGGGAGUGUACAGAUACAUGGCGGGGAGACUCUAAAAUUACAAUCCAAAUAUAACAAAGAAAGCAGUCACACAGGUGUUAUGGGUCUUUUCUAUCUUCUCGUGGCAGCCCCCGCUUAAAACAGGGCUCUCUGUUCUCAUCAACUGGAUUAGCAUAUUCUAUCGAGAAAGAGAGAGAAGAUGUUUACAAGUAUAUUACUGUAUGAGUGCCAUAUUUAAUGUUAUACCAGGGAUGCUACUUAUUCCUAAUAGCUGAUGUAAAAAUUGGAUCUUUAUUUAUAACUUUUUAUUGUAAUUUGGAAACUGCUCUCUGUACAGUAUUAUACACUCUAGUUAUUAUUCUGGUAUUUAUUGUGUAGCAAUAACUUGCAGUAAUGAUAUUUAUAUACAUGUUGUGAUAUAAUAGUUUUAUAUUA